CCCAAGGAAAUUAGUGCCGCGUUUUCAUAGGAGCUUCCCUGCCUGGAAUUUGUAUGAUUUCCUUGCAGCUCGCUGGGGUGUUAUGCUAGCAGCCUUGCAUCGACGCGCAUAUCCAGCUCACGUUAGUUGAGAUUAGAGUCGUCAACCUGAUGGGGAAAGAGCAGAGCGAUCCUAAGGAGCAGCCUCUAGUACUCUUUGCUGGCUUGGCCAAGGGGUGCCAGCUUAUCGCCUCGUACGCGCAGCACAAGCACUAUGAGCACGCGGCGCUGGAAGCGAUAAAGGAAGUCCCGUCCCACGUGCACCGAUUCUCCCUGGGCCAUGGCGGGGUCAUGGCGCUCUUCUGCAAAUUCCCCGACCCCCUCGCUUUGGACGGCGCCAGCGACGCCCUCCACCAUGCGGCCCGCCAGUCGCCGCAGCUCACGCCGUCCAACUCGUACGUCGCCGUGCUCAUCGCGUACGAGUCGCCGAGGCUCAUGCGGGCUCGUGGCUUCGAGCUGCUGCACACAAUAAGCGACCUCUACCAGUCUCUCCUCACCCGCCCGCGCUUCCCGCUCCGCCGCACCUCCUCGUCCUUUCUCCCCCGCGUGGACGCGUUCAAACGGGGAAAGCUCGAGGCGCAUAUCAAGGACAUGUCCGUGGCGGAGCGCGGGCCGCGAUGCUCGCAGGAGCUGCGGAUCUAUCCCUUGGCGCCGAAAGCGUUCCUGGUGCGCGACACGAACCAGUCGCCGGCGGAUCUAGCGGCGAUAGCGGCGGCGCGGGAGGAGGUGGAGGCGAAGAAGGAGCGCGCGAAGAACAUGCUGGAGGCGGAGCUGCUGUUCGUCAACAACAUGGCGGACGACGACAUCUGCGCGCUGCCCGGCCAGCUCCACCUGGGGGAGACCGCGGACGCCGACGACGACGACGACCACGAUACGCGCGGUGGCGCCGUGGGAGGGCAGAGUGGAGCGGCGCAGUCAGCGGCGUACAACCCCGAUGUCCCCGCGCACGACGACGACGACGACGACGAGGACUUCGUGCCCAAGUCCAUGCCCGGAGACUUCUACCCGCAACAGCCAGCCCAGCAAUCUGCUGUUAUCGCGCCUCACGCCACUGCGUCUGAUCCCCCCCCGCCCGGUCGCAAGGUCCCCUCGCGCGGACUGAGCUUCUCGCUCUCCUUCUCGCACUCGCGGUCGCGACCGCGCGAGCAGCAGGUGGACGUGGACGACCUCGUCAGCCGCGUGCGCGCCCUCGCCACGGCCAGUGCCACCGGCGCCGAUGACCCGCUCGCCGUCGCGUCGUUCCGCUCGUCGACCCCGUCGACGGCGGCGUCCGCAUCCCUAUCGCCGGUGGCGCACGGCGCAGCGCUGAAGCGGUCGGGCAGCCACGGCAGCCGCUCCAGGUCCGGCGGCCACGGCUCCCGCAGCUUCAGCUUCGUUCACGGCAGCGCCAGCGGCGGCGGCGCUAGCGGCACCCUGUCGCAGUGGCUCAGGGGAAACCGGGCGUCGCUGCUGCCUGCAGAUGCUGCGCGCGUGUCGCCCGCUAGCGACGGGACGGGCGGGCAGGUUGUCUCGCACAGCGCGGAGCUGACCCCGGCGAAGCAGCAGGGAGGCGAGGGGGGCGCUGUGGAGAGCCUGGAGCAGGCGCUGGCACAGGUGCAGCAGCACGCGCACGCACAGGAGCAGGGGCAGGGGCAGGGGCAGGGGCAGGGGCAGGGAAAGGAGGUUGAGGAAAAGGUUGAGGGGCAGGGAGUGGAGCAGGGGCAGGAGCAGAAAAGUUCGGGCUGUAAUAGACGGCACCGAAGUUGCUCGCACCCUAAUCGGCAUCACCGCCACCACCGCCUUCGCCAGCAGCAGCAGCAGCAGCAGCAGCAGCAGCAGCAGCAGGGGCAGUGUGAAGCGUUGAGCGGGGGAGCUAGUCCACGCGGCAAGCAGGACGGUGGCGAGGCGUCACCGGGCAAGGCAGCGACGGCAGCGGGGGCGAUUGCCAUGUCCAUGCGCAAGAAGAAGAGCAAGUUCGCCGCAGCGGGCGGCACCAGCCCCACCAGCCCCACCACCCCCACCAGGAGUGCCAACGCCACCAACUCUGCUCCAUACGGCAGCGCUGCCUCGGAUUCGUGCAGCUCUGGCGGCAGCAGCGAGUACUGCAGUGAGUGCGCCUCCCCCACUGGCCUUGCGAGCCCCAAUGCGCCUGCGGUUGAUCCCCGCGCGUAUGUGUCUCAGCACCAGCAGCGCCCACUGCAUUCCUACCAGCCGCCCCACGCCCAGGUGUCCGGGGCACAGGUUCCCGUUGACACCGUGCCCCAGGCGGCGGUGUCGUCGCCCCCACGGGAGGAGCAGCUGCAGCAGCUGCAGUCGCAGCUGGAGCAGUUCCGAGACGAGUACAACGAGCGCCGCAGGCACGCCGAGGACCGCAAGCACCACCCGCCGCACUCACCACAGAAGCAGCUGGGCGGUAGUGACAGCAGCAGCAAUAAGGGCGAGGCAGGGGUGGCAACAACACGGCAGCAGCAGCUGGAGAAGCAGAAGCAGCAGCUGCUGCAGGAGCUGCAGGGCGGGCUUCCUGAAAAGCCCGCCAAGGCGAAAGAGCUGCCGCGCAUCCCAGACAUCUCCCUCAUGGUGCCGUACCCCCCCUCGCCCAUCUACGCGCCCCGCCCCCCCUCGCUGCUGUCGUCCGUGCUGGACCACACGUGGGCGGGCAAGGACAAGGACAGGAAACGCGAGAGGGACCGCGGCAGCACGGGCUGGGGAUUCGUGUUCGGACGGGGGAGGGGGGAUAGGGAGAUGGAGAAGGGUUCAAGGGGCACGGACCGAGCACUGCGAGCGAGGAGCUCCAUAUUUGCGUCCGAGAAGAGCAAGCGGGCCGUGCCGGUGGAGCAGAGGAGCCAGGAGGCGGAGUCCACCUAUGGGGGCUGGUUUGGGUCCCGUAGCCCCCCGCCUGGCCUCUCCAGCUUUGCUGGCAAGGGUGAGGAUGUGAGGGGUGGUGGUGGUGGCAGUGCUGGAGCGGGCCGGUCGUUCAUGGUGGGGACAGGCGCCUCGCAGCGCUCUGCCUAUGACGCGUGGCUGGCGGGCCAUGAGGGUGGGCAGGGGGGAAGCACGGGUGGCGUGGGGGAAGGAGGGAGGGCCAGGCACUUGUUUGGGGGAGGGUGGCGGCGCUGACGAGAGCCUGCUGACCUGGGCGGACAGGAUUCCAUUGAGGGACGCUGUGCUAAUGCCCCUCUCCACCAAUGCCCCUCUCCACCAAUGCCCCUCUCCACCAAUGCCCCUCUCCACCAAUGCCCCUCUCCACCAAUGCCCCUCUCCACCAAUGCCCCUCUCCACCAAUGCCCCUCUCCACCAAUGCCCCUCUCCACCAAUGCCCCUCUCCACCAAUGCUGCUGCAAUCGUAUUUGCAAGAAUAGGUGCUCCGAUGAUGGGUGUUUGCCUUUGGCCAGCAGUGUUGUGUUUGUAAAGUUGGUGUUCCCGGGACCCAGGGUGUGCAGGCAUGGAGUUGCCAUCUCUAGGCUGUGGGGGAGAACUGAGAUGGACCCCAAACCCUGAAGGUGGCGGAUGGGCAGCGUUUGAGUGUGUAUGAGGCUGCUGCGGUGCUCGUUGUGGGCAUUGCUUUGGCGGCCCCUAGGAACAUGCCCUUACACUCAUGCUGCUCACGGCUGGUAGGAGAUGGGGGGCUUGUGGGGCCGGGCCUUGCCUGGAAGGGCCUCAACGCUAUGGGAGGAGACUGAGUAAAUUGUAGGGAACAUGUUGAGGUUUUAGUACCUUUUGCACCUGCAUGCAUCCAUGCUGGCCAAAUCUUGGCAAUACGUUGACAAGCCUUUUUUGUGCUCAUCUUGCACAAACCAGCGGUUGCAGCCCAUGAACACUACUCGUUGAGGGAAAUGGCUAACCAGCGCAGUGAGUGCGAUGAGGGCAUGGCCGUUCGUCGUCGCAUCCACGUGUGCUGCGGAUCCCAGACGCCCGGCGCGCGUCUAUGAGAACCGGAUGUGCAUGCGAGGGUCCCAGUGCCA